UCUGCUGUCGGCUACACCACGCGCUCGUCUCCUGUGUUGUGUUCGGCUUUCACCCUCCCCCGUUACAAUUUCUUUUUUUUUUCAUGACUAUAAUAACUGGAAUCGAAGUGUUAUAAUCGUGAGCUACUUCUCGUAAUCGCUCCAAAUUUGGCCGGAAUUCUCCGCUGGAUAUCGCAUCAUGAAUGUCCUGUUGAUUGUGAUAUUAAUCGAUUCGAUAAUGACCGUCUUCACUCAGCCUGGGCUUUCCAACCAAUUCCAGCAAGAUGGUCACUACUUCGUGAGUCCAAUUUCACCCGACAACCGAAUGGUUCUCCUCCAGCAGCAGGAUCGUCUCCUUCAUCCGAAUUUCUUCGUCACGGCUUCGGUGAUCCUCCGACCAGAUACGGUCUACCGGGUUCACGUUGUCGUCCUGCCGGGCUCGCCAGAUUUGGUCUUCAAGGCGCUGAUUACCAAAGGAAGUGGCCAGCACGUCGCUUCGGCCAGCAGCGACUCGGUCGACGCUGGAACUAGCACUCAUCUCCUGCUCAAAGUCCCGGCUUCCAUUUCCGAGGGCGAUUACCGCCUCAAACUGGAGGGCUACGACGUCCAGCAUCCGCAGAAAGCCGUUCUUAUCAAGGAGAGUCCUCUAGUCUUUCAUUCCGACUUUCUCUCCAUUAUCGUCCAGUUGAACCGAAAGAUAUUUGCCAAUGCAAUGACCGUUCGAUUCCGGAUCAUUUUAACUCAAAUGGAUCUAAAACCUUACACGGAUCCCAUCACCAUCUUCAUUUUGGAUCCUCAAGGAUUCAUCGUUCGUCGCUGGCCGUCGCGGAACCCGACAAACGGGGUGGUGUCAUUGACCUACCAGUUGCCACCCACUCCGAGUGUGGGCAGCUGGACGAUCCGCGUCGAGGCCAUGCAACAGGUUCACCAGCACCAGUUCGGUGUCGAGCACUAUUACAUUCCGUUCUUCGAGGUGAUGCCAUCGGCACCUGCUUACGUUCUCGACUCGGAUGAGACGUACACGGUCGAAGUGACCACUUCAGUCCACACACAGUUCGUUGCCAAUGGCAAUCUGACCGUCCACGUUUACGCCAGGCCUGUCAACAGUACGGCGGACGAUUACCAACUUGUAGUCGAAGAACUUUUUCCAUGGAAUCACGAAUUCACUUACGACGUUAACCUGGGCGACGUGAAAAGUGCGAUCCGAUCAAAUAGUCUAGUCGGUUGGGUAAUCCGAGUGACGACGGUGUUGCACAGUUAUUUCAUGGGGGAAGCGCGCGAUGGUUUAAUCGAGACGCGCGUCAUCCGCGCUCAACUCAAAUUCAAAUUUUCUGGCGCCAAAACGGCUGUUUUCAAACCGGGGAUGCCGUUUGAGGGACACGUUUACGUCAUGUACGACGACGACCAGGCCCUGACGUCUGAAAAAUUGGCCGGCGCUACGAUCACUCUGAGACCAGUCGUCACUUCUACAAACGGACAGAUGAAGACACUACCGGAGAUUAAAGUGCCGGCCAAAGGCGAAUAUCUCAACCAAAAGCAGGAGGAUGGUAAAAUGUAUAACAACGAGUUCGACAAUUGGAUGGAACAUCAGAUCGAGGACGUCAAAUUUAAUCAAUUUCGCGCUACUGGCGUGUACAAUUUCCGCUUUUCGGUACCUAAAGAUGCCAAAUCGAUGCGAAUAUCGGCUACUUAUAAGGAUGGUGAUGGCGAUAAAGCCACCGCUGAGCUCCAGGCCGUCCUUUUCUACUCUGCCAAAGAAAUGUAUGCCCAUGUUGAGACCAGUACCGAAUACGGCCAGCUCGGAGAAAACGUUGUUAUUCACCUGCGGAGUAAUUUCGGAUUCCAGGUCUACAGUUACGUUGUCGUCUCGAAAGGUUUGAUGAUCCACGGCGCCACUGAAACGCAUCCGCACCCGACCAAGUUGGUGACUUUCUCAGUUCCCGUUUCCUCCGAAAUGGCGCCAACUUUCAAACUGGUGGCCAUGAUCGUCAGUCCAGUCGGUGAACUGGUGGCCGAUUCCGUCACGAUCCCGGUCCAAAGUUUCAACCGCUACAAGAUGAAUGUGACUACAGUUCAAGUGCGGGACCAUUCGAAAGAGACUGUCCAGCUGGUGACAAGGACUCGACCGGGUGCAUAUUUCGGAGUUUCUCUAUUACGAACUCUCAGCUACAUGUUCCAAGCGGACAAUGAGCUAACGCCCAGCCGAGUACUCAAAGCGCUUUACAAAUUGGAACCAUUCACAAAGUCGGUGCACGGAGUGACUUGGACGGACCGCGAGGGAUUGAAAGCCGAACGGACGGAAUAUUUCAAAGGAGCCAAUCCCGGAGCCGACACGAAACGGACCUUUGAUCUUGCCGGACUUUUGCUUUUCUCCGACGCUCGAAUCAGUCAAUACCCUGACACUGCCAACUGCGAUCAGAGCAAUGGAUACGAGCCGUGCCUGGCUACUGGAUGUUUCCACAAGGAUCAGCGCUGUGACGGGAAAGCGGAUUGCACUGACGGAUCCGACGAGGAUGACUGCCCUAGUGCGGAUGACAAAAUGGAAUUUCGCCUCAUGCGUUGGAGCCGUAAUCUCGAUUUCUACGAUUGGUUGGACGGCGAUUGGGCCUGGUUUGACGUGCCAACAACAGACGACGGUAUAGAAUUCCAUGACCGAGAAGUAGCCGCCGACGACGACAGUUGGUACAUUAACGCUUUCAGUUUCCACCCUGAACUCGGUUUCGCAAUGCUGGACGAAGUCGUCGUGUACGAUGGAUCGCCGCCGUUUUAUGUUUUAGCGGAAUCACCAAGCGCAGUGCAUCGUGGGGAAACCCUCGGCGUCCGGUUGAUGGCCAUCAACAAUCUCAAAGAAGAAGUGAUGACGCUGAUCGUUUUGGAAGCGUCGGACGAUUAUCUCUUCGUCGAAACGGGAGACGAUGGCGAAGUUGAGCAUUACCGACCGAAACUAGUCGGCGGAGAGCGUCACCAUAUGAUCGCUGUGAAGCCGGAAUCGUAUCAGGAAGUCUACUUGCCUAUUGCUCCACAGGUGGAGCAAGGCAGCAUCAUCGUUAAAAUCCAAAUUCAUACUCAAAUCCGCCAGCAAGUUUUCGAAAUCGAUCUGGAGAUUAUGCCUGAAGGAGCCACCAUCAGUCGACAUACUUCGCUUUUAUUGGACUUGAAAAAUCGAGCGCACGUUUUAAGAUUUCUCGACAUUCCGGUCGAAGAGUCGCCCAUCAUUCCAUACUCCAAAUUCCGCCGAUAUGUUUACGGUAGUCCUCGGGCCUCCGUCACUUUGUGUGGCGAUGUCUUUGGUCCCGUUUUCCCGUCUACGCCCAUCACCACCGACUCGCUACUCGGCAGAUCUCUGCGCGGAACCGAGGCGACUUUGUUUAACUUGGCUACCACAUUGUGGAGUCUUCACUAUCUCCGACUGACGAACCAACUCGAGUCGGCUGUUUUGUACAGUGGACUGAACGACAUGAAUGUCCAAAUGGCGGAACUGAUGCGACUGUACCAUCACGACGGAUCAUUUCGCGCUCAUACAAAUUCAAAUCCCAGCGUCUGGGUGACGGCUUGGGUGAUACGAGUUUUGGGCCAGUCGCAAUUUCAAGACUGGGAAAAUCAUUUCUUCGUCGACAGGCGACUGCUUGGCACUUCUGUUCAAUGGAUUUUGAGUCAUCAAACGAAUGACGGCAGUUUCGAAGACCCUGACGAAUACUUUUUCCCACUAGAAUUGCGAAAAGAUUCUUCCAACAAUAGUACUCGUAAGGGGAGUCUAACCGCAUAUGUUCUGAUUGGUUUGAUGAAAUGCCGAGAGAGCCUUGAGGGAUCUAUGAGGGUGACCACUGCGAUUGCCGAACUUCGUGCAAUCAACUAUUUAGAGCGAGCCAUCUCUCAUUUAACGGAUCCUAGCGAGAUUGCCAUUGUAACUUAUGCGCUCUCCAUUGCCAAUAGUCCAACCAAAGAAGCAGCAUUUUAUUUACUUCAUAGCAUUAAGCGAGAGGGCGAGGGAAUGGUUUAUUGGUCACGGGAGCCGGUUCCGUCCAAUCAAAUUCUCUACGAGAAUCAGCGGCCGUUCUUACAGCCGCGUUUGCCCAUGCAACAAGACGCCGUGGCGGUCGAAGCGACGUCCUACGCCCUUCUCGUCUAUUUGGCUCGUGAUGGAAUCGGCGAUCUGCAGGAGAGGGUCGUCUCUUGGCUCAACACGAUGCGCAUGGUCGACGGCGGUUUCGUUUCCAUCUACGACAGCAUUGUCGCCAUGGAAGCUCUAACGGAAUACGCUUACCGAGCUCGAUUACGUGACAUCACCGACAUGAGUAUCGUCGUGGAAGCAUCGGCUUCCAAAAUUGGCGACCCGGUGCGCAUUAGCAGCGAAACUCUCGCCACUGUUCAUCGGAUGGAUAUUCCCAACGUUUGGGGCCAUGUAAAUGUCAUCGGCCGAGGAGCCGGCCAGGCCGUUUUGCAGCUCAAAGUUCAAUACGGAAUCGACUGGGAGGAUUUAAGGGACACUCCGAAAAGACGCUACUUUGACUUGUACGUGGAAGAGACAUACAGUCACUUCCGGAAUAAAUCUCACAUCACCGUCGAUGCUUGUGUCAAAUGGAUGGCGACGGAUGAAAUGAGAACGAGUGGGCCAGCCACGCUCGAAGUGGAAAUGCCAUCGGGUUACGAAUUCAUCCAAUCCGAUGCCAACGAGUUAGUCAUCAGAAACAAUUACACAUUCAUCCGUGACGUGUUUAUCGGCCGCGGUAAAAUCAUUUGGAUGUUUGACCGGGUGGGCGAGGAGCGUCUUUGUAUCACAUAUCCCAUCCAUCGUUGGUUUCCGGUAGCUAAUAUGACGCUGUACCGUACGGCCAUCAUUUACGAGUCACACAUGCCAGAACAUUUCGAAAUGCAAGUGUUCAACGCUACGCCGCUCUACGUGCUGGACAUCUGCGAAGUCUGCGGGAGUUACCAGUGCCCAUACUGCCCCUAUUUCAGCGCAUCGCUCCCGACAUUCUCAUCUCCUUUCCUCAUUCUCUGUUCUCUCGUUGCCAACGCUUUCGCUUACUUGCAUCGACCUUAUUCAUCCCUGUAAUAAAAGACUUGAUAU